GGUACUACAUUUUUUUCGGAGUGACUUGCUCCAUCUUCACCGUCCUUUCCCUGUAUGGCACCUUUGCACGGCUCAUCAACACCAUCGCCGAAAAGACUUUGAUUCCAGUCGGACCCCAGCCUGUCUCACUGAAUCUCUGAAGAGAUGUCUCAGCCAUCUCAAGAGAUCCAAACUGGAUCAGUCUGAAGAUAAAGGUUCACAGCUCCCUGAUGCUUUAUUCUAUCUCACCAAUGGGGUGGCCGCUCUCUCAGCAAUUCAUGGCAGUAAGCUCGGCCUGGCAUUCUUCGACCUGACUGUUCCCUGGGUGCUCAUCCCAGGAGCCAUUAUCCAGGCCUACGUCAGUCGGCUGCAAGUACAAGGUGGCCGGAGAUUCGGCUCUGUCAUUCCAUCCUUUUUCGCAGCUAUUUGGGCUGCUUGGAGCUGGUUUCGGUUUGCAGGUCAUAGUUUGCAAAUGUCCACAGAGUCAGCGAAUGGCUUUGCAGCUGGGGCAAUAGCAUUCCUGGUCAUUAAUGCUUUCUUGAUUCUAGUUGCUGCCUAUGGCAAUAUUGUCCUGUUGGCAUUGACCACAGUUAUGGAGGUCAUCGUUGUUUGUUUUUUACUCUUUGCGUAUGGAAAGCUGCCCUAUCAGCUGGAAGUUGCCAUGCUAGCAAUUUUCGCUAUCAUUUGCAUGUAUGGGAUGCUAGCGUCGCUUGUGAACGGUAGCUUCUCCGAGACCCUGAUACCAGUUGGACCCUCUCUUAUUAAGGACAAAAGGAAGAAGGAACCUGUGAGCACACAUCCAUGUAUUAUAGCAGAUUCCCGGGGAACCAGUGGACUCCUCCAGAUUGCCAAAUUGCUGGAGAGCAAUAGUGUGUGUGGUAUCCCUACAGACACUGUUUAUGCCCUGGCUGCUUCAUGCAAAAACCCAAGUGCAAUUGAGAAGAUCUACCGUAUAAAAGAUCGUCCUGCAGAGAAGCCCAUUUGUAUUUGUAUCUCGAGUGUGGAGCAGCUUGUGACAGCAAAACCUCCGUUCAGCCCUCUGCUGUGGGAGUUUAUGAAAAACGUCUACCCCGGAGGCAUUAGUUGCAUUGUUCCGAAGGGGGAAUGGCUCCUUAAGCUUGGUGUGGGCCCAGCAUACGACUUUGUUGGCACUAAAGAAAGCAUUAUGAUUCGAGUUCCUGACCACACAGUUACUGCUCACCUGUGUGAAUACACCGGCCCACUGGCCAUUACAUCAGCCAAUCCCAGUGGAGAAACUGACAGUGUUCAUCAUGACAUGGUCAUAAGCCGUCUUGGCCACAAGAUUGAUGGAGUCCUGUGUGAUGGCCAAUCUAAUGAGGUGGUGGCUUCAACCGUAGUAAACUGCCUGAAAAUUGAUGAAGGAACUAUCAGCAUUCUGCGUGAAGGUUGUGUGCCUGCACUGAAGGUCAGGCAGAUAUUUGAACGGGUCAAAAACAAUAUGCUGUAAGAUGAUGACUACCCAAAAUCUACUUCUAAGGAUGUUUUAAUCUGCGCAUUUACAUGAAGAGAAAUGCUGAACCAUUGUAAAUAAACUGUAAACUAAAACUGUAAAGAAGUCAACUUGUAUCGCACUUUAAUGCCUAUUUUCAAUGCAGCAAUGUUAAGCAAGAAGUGAGAAUUGAAGUAGUUACAUACAGUAAGUUGUUGUAAACUGUACAACACUGUGCUUGUACUGUACUUUUAAUUUCUUUUGUAUGUUUGCCAGAAGUGAAAAUGUUCUCUUUAACUUAUUCAUAUUUAUGCAUUCUUUCAUAAUGUUUAUGUUCUUGUUGCUGAAGAAUAAAUCAUUUAAUAAUAAUAAUAAUAAUAAUAGUUUUAUGAAACCAUAUGCUUGCAUAAGUAUAUUGUUCACAAAUAAACUGUUCAUCCAAAAUGAUUUUAAUUGCAUACUA